AUGGCUUUUCCUUCAAAGAAACAAUGCGUCAGCAAAACAGCGGAUCUGGAGUUCAACAAAGAUCCCAAUUUUAACUUUAGCUCAAACGUUCCAGCAGACAGUGUCUUCAAAGCUACAAACCAAGGGUUGCCUAAAUCUGCCAAGAAAGUGGAACCGCUUUCAAAGAAGACAGCUACAAGGGGACCUCUCACCAGAUACAAACUAGAAGCAGAACUGAAGACCAAGGAUCAGCUGUUAGAAGUAGCCAAACAACAGCUACACUCCAGACUAACAGAAGCACAAGGCACCAUAAAGGAGUUAAAGAAGGAGAAUGAAGGCCUGGUACAAGAAGUUGAGAAGCUCAAGAAAUUUCAGGAGACUUGCAUGGUGAUUUUUCAAAGCAGAAACAUCGAUCCUGUUACAGGCAGCAACAUUGUGGAGGAGGAAGAAAAGACACAGGAAUGCNNNNUGGCUCCUCAGCUGUUAACUGAGAAGCUCACAGAAGAUCUGAGGCUAUUUAAUCAAACAGCUGCCAAAGAAACAGAGGAGCUGCAGGCAGCGAUGGCCAAGUGGAAGUCGGCUGAGGAAGAGAGACACCGCCAGUCCCUGGAGAAGCAUUCCUCCUGCCAAGCAGAAAUGAAGGAAUGCUCAGCAAUACUGGAUGAGUUGGAGCUGCUCCUGGGCAUGUGA